AUGGCAGGAAUGAACGCCAUCCGCCAGCUUCAAGCGCUGAACAAGCGAGAGCUUGAAAAUGUCGUACCUCCAGAAGCUUCAUGGCAUGCCGACUACCGCGACACAGCGUACAUCUACAUUGGAUCCCUCCCUUCCGACCUUAGCGAAGGGGAUAUAUUAACUAUUUUCUCCCAGUAUGGGGAACCGGUUCAUCUUAACUUAGUGCGCGACAAAGAGACGGGCAAGAGCAAAGGGUUCGCUUUUUUGAAGUAUGAAGACCAGCGAAGCACGGAUUUGGCAGUGGAUAACUUGGGCGGGGCGACAAUUUUGGGUAGAAUGAUAAGAGUGGAUCAUGCGAGGUAUAAAAGGAAGGAGGAAGAGGGACUGGAAGAUAAUGUUGCUGCGAUGACCGUUGGUGAAACGGAAGAACAUGAUGACGAAGAUCCUAUGAAAGAAUAUCUCAUACAGGAGAAACGGGAGGAGGUAGCUAAGGCUUUGGAACGUCUAAACAAACGAAAGGAGCACCGAAGUGAUGGCACUGAGAAAGAAGACAAACAUGGUCACCGCCACCGUCACCACCGUUAUCAUAAUCGAAGACAUCGAUGCGAUCGAUCAUCCUCCCCGGGAAGAGAAAAACAAUUUUCACGGCACGAGCGAUCAAAGUCACCAUCCCAAUUAAAAGAGCGAAGACACCAUCGAGAUAGAAGAGAUCGCAGCUGA